CGCACGCGCGCGGCCUCGCUCAGGGCGGCUAGAGGCGGCGGGCGCGGGCGCGGGGCUCCGAACCUGUCAGACCCGCGGAGCCGGCCUGGAGCUGCGGGCGCCGCAGGCAAGAGGUCGGCCCCCCUCUCCCGCCGCUCCAGACCGAGCUGUGCGACCCGGACACACCAAGCCUGCCGGGGGCGGGGAGAUGAGCGGCGACCCCGCGGCGGCGCCCCAGGAUGGGGAGGGACGCGCGGCGGUGCCAUCGAGAACUGGCGCUCCGGUGAAGUAGGAGCUGCCGGCCGUCCGCCUGCACCGAGCCGUACCGCGCCGCGGCCGCCCGGCCUCUGCGAUGGCCGGAUCCGGCGCGUGGAAGCGCCUGAAAUCUCUGCUGAGGAAGGAUGAUGCGCCGCUGUUUUUAAAUGACACCAGCGCCUUUGACUUCUCGGACGAGGUGGGGGACGAGAGGCUUUCUCGGUUUAACAAACUUCGAGUUGUGGUGGCCGACGAUGGUUCCGAAACCCCGGAAAGGCCUAUUAACGGGGCGCACCCGGCCAUCCAGGCCGAUGACGAUUCCUUGCUAGACCAGGAUUUACCUUUGAGCAACAGUCAGCUGAGUUUGAAGGUGGACCCCUGUGACAACUGCAGCAAACGGAGAGAGUUGCUGAAGCAGAGAAAGGUGAAAACCAGGUUGACCAUUGCUGCCGUUCUGUACUUGCUUUUCAUGAUUGGAGAACUUGUAGGUGGAUACAUUGCAAAUAGCCUAGCAAUAAUGACAGAUGCACUUCAUAUGUUAACUGACCUAAGUGCUAUCAUACUGACUCUGCUUGCUUUGUGGCUGUCUUCAAAAUCACCAACCAAAAGAUUCACCUUUGGAUUUCAUCGCUUAGAGGUUUUGUCAGCUAUGAUUAGUGUGCUGUUGGUGUAUAUACUUAUGGGAUUCCUCCUAUAUGAAGCUGUCCAAAGAACUAUCCAUAUGAAAUAUGAAAUAAAUGGAGAUAUAAUGCUCAUUACCGCAGCUGUCGGAGUUGCAGUUAAUGUAAUAAUGGGGUUUCUGUUGAACCAGUCUGGUCACCAUCAUGCCCAUUCCCACUCUCCGCCUCCAAAUUCCCCUUCCACGAGUUCCGGAUGUGGACGCAGCCAUGGGCAGGAUAGCCUGGCAGUGAGAGCUGCCUUUGUACACGCUUUGGGGGACUUGGUACAGAGUGUCGGAGUGCUAAUAGCUGCAUACAUCAUACGAUUCAAGCCAGAAUACAAGAUUGCUGAUCCCAUCUGUACAUACGUAUUUUCAUUACUUGUGGCUUUUACAACAUUCCGCAUCAUAUGGGACACAGUAGUUAUAAUACUCGAAGGUGUACCGAGGAAUCUGAAUGUAGACUAUAUCAAAGAAGCCUUGAUGAAAAUAGACGAUGUACAUUCUGUGGAAGAUUUAAACAUAUGGUCUCUCACUUCAGGAAAACCCACUGCCAUAGUCCACAUCCAGCUAAUUCCUGGAAGUUCAUCUAAAUGGGAGGAAGUACAGUCCAAAGCAAAGCUUUUGUUAUUGAACACAUUUGGCAUGUAUAAAUGUACUAUUCAGCUUCAGAGUUACAGGCAAGAAGUGGGCAGAACUUGUGCAAAUUGUCAGAGAUCCAGCCCCUAAUUUUAGUUGUUUGGGGACUACUUUCUGCCUUAUUUAGCCUGCAGUCACAGACUCGAGAGCAAUAAAUGCACACCUACAUGAGAAAAUGGAACCCCUGACAGCUGUGUUCACAUCACACACCGGUCUCGCAGUCAGCCUGACAGUGUGUUUCUGUUUUUGGUAAAAUGAGACUUUACCAUGAUUUUCAGAUGAAGAUGUUUCUAAAACACUGUUUACAGAAUGAGACGUGACUCUACAGAUACCUCAUUAGAAGACAAUCCAAGACCAUACUUCGUUAAUUAUGACAGAGUACAUGUCUUAAAGGAAGCAUCAAGAGUUCUGCAUUUGCAUUUAAAAAUACUUUUCAAAGACCAUUUUAUAUCAAGCCAGUGCUGGAAAACCGAUAUUUUGUAACGUAAUCUUGACACCCAGCUUCUAGAAUUUGACACCUAGCUCUCUUUUUACAGAAAUUAUUUCUCAACAGAUUUCAGAAAGUACUAGUAAUUAUCCAGAGUGGAAUAAGCAUGUAUUCCUAAGUGUCUCAGAGAUGUUUUAUUUCAAAAAUAAGUCUUAAUGUUAUUGUUAUAGUAUACUUUAUAUAAACAACUUUUUCCAGAUUUUACAGGGCUUUGAAUCUCAAAGUUAACAUUUUUGGUUAUUUGUAAUCUUAUCAGAACCAAAUCUUUACAUAUUGUGGUCAAUGUCAUUAAAUUAUUUAGGAAAUAUUUUCAAUAUUAAUCUGAAUGGCAGAAGUUAAUCUUAAACUCAAGUUGCUAUACGAUAAUUUAAACAAAAUAUAGGAGUGAGGAUGGAGUGCAGAGUUUUAGAUUUAAGUCUUCCUAAAAUCACUUUUAUUGUUCAUGGAAUUUAUCUUUACUUAUGAACAGCAAGAGACUGCAAAAUGUAAACAAUGAUGUUCUGUCCUCUUAAGAACUGCCUUACAUUUUGUACAGAAAGUUUGCUUGGUUCUUUGCUUCCUGCCACCAUACUAAUCCGUGUGUGCCCUUUCAGGGUAGAACACUGGAGGGCUAAGGUUCAGUUUGUAAUACCCACCUCUCAUAUGUAGAUCAACUACACUCUUCUGGAGAGAAUUUCUCUUCCAUGAUGUGGGUUAGGGAUGCUCCGGGGACUCCAGAAACCCUAAGAUAUUUUUAAGGUUUUCCAAUAAUAACCAUAGCAGAAAUGCUCAAAGGGAUUGGGUAAGAUAUUAUUACUCUGAGAAAACAAAAAUUUUAAGGGUUUUUGACUCUGUGUGUGUGUGUGUGUGUGUGUGUGUGUGUGUGUGUGUGUGUGUGAAAGUGUGUGAAAGCACUGAUAUAAGAUGGACAUUAUGUUUUAGGGAGGCUAAGCAUAAAUAUUUUCAAACCAAAAA